GUCCCGGCCCGGCUGUAGGUUCCGUCCUGCCCGCUGUCGUCCCGCCGCGAAGACCUGGGCCGCGGGUGGGAGGUCGGGCGAGAGCCUCGGCGGGUGCUGGGCGGAGCGGCGGCGCGCCCGGUCCCGGGGCCAGGAGCCCGGAGCCCGACGCCAGGCCCCGGGGCCCGGGGGAGCGGCGGCGCACCUGGAGCUCCGACCCGCGCCGCGAUGUGCGACCUCGAGCGCGGCCGGAGCCUGUCCUUCUCCGGCUGCGGCUUCCUGGCCAUCUACCACGUCGGGGUGACCAGCUGCCUGAGCGAGCGGGCCCCGCACCUCCUCCGCGACGCGCGCAUGUUCUUCGGCUCCUCGUCCGGGGCGGUGCACGGCGUGGUCUUCCUCGCCGGGAUUCCUGUGGAGAAGACUGUGCAGAUCUUCAUGGGCCUUGUGCAGAGCACCAGGAGACGGAACAUUGGCAUCUUUCACCCCUCCAUCAAUGUGGGCAAGCAGCUCCGAAAAGACCUCCACAGGCACCUCCCAGCUAACGUCCACCAGCUCAUCUCCGGCAAAAUGUGCAUCUCGCUCACCAGAGUGUCCGAUGGGCAAAACGUGCUGGUGUCUGAUUUUCAGUCCAAAGACGAAGUCGUGGACGCCUUGUUUUGUUCCUGCUUCCUCCCUUUCUACUGUGGCUUCAUCCCUCCUUCCUUCAGAGGCGUGCGAUACAUAGAUGGAGGAAUUAGUGACAAUAUACCCUUCACUGAUGCCAAGACAACCAUCACCGUGUCCCCCUUCUAUGGGGAGUGUGACAUCUGCCCUAAAGUUAAGACCAUGAACUUUCUUCACAUGGACUUGAACAAGCUCAGUUUAUACGUCUGCUCAGAGAAUGUCUACCUUUUGUGCCGAGCAAUGUUUCCUCCGGAUGUCAAGGUGCUUGCAGAACUGUGCUUCCAAGGGUAUUCAGAUACGCUCAAGUUCUUGGAAAAGAAUGGCAUCUGCAGUGUGCCCCGUCCGCGCCUGAGCGCAGCCUCAGAGGGCCUCACGCAGCCCCGGGAAUACAGCAGUGCAGAGUCUUCCCAGGGAGUGGCUGCCGGGGACACGCGGCCUGGGGCAGACGAGCUGCGGCCGGGCCACCUGCGUCUCGGCAUCCUGCCCUCCCACGAGAGCAUCCCGGAGGCCCCGAUGCCCAAGCUCAGGAUAGUACUGAAUGCAGCAAUUAAAAACCAAAGUGUGUACAUGAGCAAGAUUUGCAACUUCUUACCAGUUAAGGUGCUGUCCUAUAUGCUGCUGCCCUGUACGUUGCCCGUGGAGUCAGCCAUUGCUGUGGUCCAGAGCCUGGUGAUGUGGCUUCCAGACGCUCCUGAUGACAUCCGGUGGCUGCAGAGGAUGAUCUCCCAGAUCUGUUCCCGAUUGAUGAUGCAUCUGUUCCCCUCCAGAUCCCAAGUGCCAGCCAGCAGCCAGCGGCCUUUCCCGCACCAACCAGAACACCACGGCACUGUGGACCAGGGCGCCCACCCUGUGGACUGUGCAGUAGGGGCCAAGAGGAGGAUUUGAGGCCACCCAGCAAAUCCAUCUUCCAGUCCGGCGUGGUUUUCUCGGGCCGCAGAGCGCUGGGCUCAGGAGAGGCUCUGCCUUCCUGCUUUGCUACUGAAGGAGUUUCUGAGUCACUUAAAAGGAGGCAAGUCUGGGGCCUUCUUUCAGACAUCCUAGACCUUUCCGGUCUUUGCAUCCGCCUCUGCGCUGCCAUUUAAUGCCCCAGUAUCUGUAACAUCUGGAAUCCAGCCUCUUGCUUAAUUUGUAGUUUAUUGAAAUCAAAGGCAAUUUGUUUUUAUGAAAAGUUGGAAGCUACUUUCGGUAUACAUGGCAAUCCAGAGCUUGGGGACAUCUAAUGUUUAAGCACCCGAGCCAGUUAGCUCCGUUGGUUGGGAAAUGGCACCAGGAAGCCCAGCAUGGGGUCCGCUUCUACUCAGCCAUGCAGCCCUCUCUGCUGCCCCAGCGUGAGGUCUUAGGAUGGCCAGUGUAACUGGGGGCUAGUCUGCCCUUUGUGGUUCGAAGAGAGGAACAUGGUCCCAUCUCCCCAUAGGGUCAGUGUGGUGGGGAGGGGGUGCCAUCCUUUUCCAAGGACAGCACUGCCAGCCAGGGGAGUGUUAAAAUAUGGUAACUUACUCAUAUUUUGGAACACUUUUUGGACCUAAACAUUUAAUAGUUUUGUAUAAAAUGUAAGGGAAUCUUAUGAUCUGCUGAAUAUAUAUUAUGUGACUUAGUGAGAUGUUAAUAGAAUAAGUCUUUAAAAAAUCCAGUGUGUCAGAGAGUCACCCCAGACCCCAAACACAGCAAAACAGCUUCUGGUCUGCACUCCUCUGUUCUCUGCCUCCCCCCGCCCCCAUCAGCUGCACCCCCAUGGCCAUAAUGGAUGGAGACAAGCAAGAGACAGGGAUCUACCUUUCCCAGGUGUGGGCAUUUGGCAGGCAAUGUGGUCGGACUCAAGGUGAAAUGCAUGUUCGUUUUUCUUAUACAUUCGGUUCCAGUGUCACAAUAACAAGAUCAAAAUCCUAAAUGUUGCCACAGAAACCUGCAACUCUCACCUGCAUUGUUUAAGUUUCCCCAUUGAAGAACCAGCCAGUCAGACCGAGCACUUUCUCAUGAAGAUGUGUCCUUGGAGAGAACUGUGGUUCUGGGGCAAAGGCUUGUCUUGCCAAUGGGUUUCAGCCCCGGGCAAGUUCACUAUGGAUUCAGUGUGACCAAAGAAACGACAGUAGAACGUUUCUUUGUGGUGAUAGGGUUUAUUACCAGGCUUGUUCUCCCAGCGGGAGGUCGAGCACUUGCGUCUCUGCCUCCACGCAGAGCACUGGGCCGAGCUCUCUAGAUAGCGCAGGAAUAGCUUAUUGCCUAAAGGUGUGGAAGCGGUAGCCUAGCAACAGGCCAGUUACGUCAUUAGGUGGCUUAAGUUCAGUGAGGAUCCUGGCCAUAGGAACCCCAAUUUCCCUACACACUGCAGGAGCCCGUUCUCUUGGGCUGCAGUGAGAUUGUGAACCCCCAGAAGACAGGGACUUGUGAGCCUAGGAGGUGACGGCCCAGCACACACAACCCACACCCGGGCUCCCCACUGCGUCCACAGCUCCCUGCACGUGAGCAGCAAGGCUCCGGCCCUGGUCGUUCUCUCUCCCCAAGUGAGGUGGGGCAGGGGAGUGGUGGGCUCUCCUGGCCCCCGGGCCCCAGAACAAGGCACUGUCCUCUUGCUGAGCUGGCCUGUGGGUGGGGGAGGCUGCACCCGAGGCCUGGGCCCCUUGGCACACGCCCUCACGCCUUCCUCGAGCCCGACUCUCAGGCUCCUCUACCAGCCGCCUUCUGUCAGGACCACAGCAUGGCCCGUUAGCAGACAGAGCUACACUUUAGCCACAUUUUACAAUAACCAAUUUAUUUCCGUAUAGACAGUAAAAACACUAGUUCUGUGAUUGUUAUAAGAAAUAUGUUAAACAGCUGAUAGGAUUACUUGGGACUUAUUUUCAUACUACUUUUCUGAAAUUGCUCAACCUUCUUACAAUGUGCUUGCUUUAUAAUUUUUAAAAUUAUAAUUAAAAAAUGUGUACCAAGACAAGGAAGUGUGAUACUCUUAGAAAGGGCAAGGGCUCCUCUCCUGACUUGUGCCUUAAACGCCGCCUCCCUGCCCCUCACCAGUCCAGCACUGCUGGGGGUUCUUACCAGUGUAUGAAAACAUUCUUGAGUUACUGUCACCUUGUUAAACCACCCACCCUCCUCUUUAAGGUACUUAGGCUUUGGGAUACUCCACUCUCAGGAAUUAUCAGUGGGAGGCUCUUUAAUGCUAGGGAGCAACAGUCUUUUUUUGACAAAUACAGCAAAACGGUGCACAGCAUGAGCCCAGUCUGGUUAAAAUACCAAAUGUGUGUGUGGGUGUAUGUGUAGGAAACAGAGGGUGUAUACCAAAACAUUGCUAGUGGUUAUCAUUAUCCAUCAUUAUAUUUUAUUUGUAGUGCUUAUAUGAUUUUCAAAUUUCUCUGGUGAACAUGUGUUACUUUUGUCAGAAAAUAAUUCAUAAUAAAUGUGAUUCUGAGA